AUGAAGGCCUCGUUCGUGUCCUCCAUCCUCGCGCUCCCGCUCCUCGCGGCCGCGGCUCCCAAGCCCGAGGUCGCCGCCGAGCUGUCGAGCCGCGCCGUGGGGGUGACGCAGCAGGAGCUCAACGGCUUCAUGUACGUGCGCCAGCUCGCGUCGGCCGCCUACUGCAACGCCAAGGACAGCCUGGUCGGGCAAAAGGUCACCUGCAGCAACAACGCCUGUCCGGACAUUGGGGCCGGUAACGUGGUCAACUAUGCCCAUCUUUACACCGACAUCGGCGUCAAGGCCGACGGCGCUGUCUUCAUUGACCACAGCAGAGCCGGCAUCAUCAUGUCCUUCAUGGGCUCCAAGUCGUGGCAGUCGUAUUUUGUCGACCUCGACUUCACGGGCGCGGAAGCCUCCGAGAUCUGCGCGGGCUGCAAGGUCCACUACGGCAUCAAGAGCACCUACUCGAUCGUCGAGAGCCAGCUGAUGACGGCGCUGGCGUCGGCGCGCGCGCAGUGGCCGUCGUACCAGCUCGUGGCGACCGGCCACUCGAUGGGGGCGGGCGUGGCGACCGUGGCGGCGGCGCGGCUCCGGAACCGGCUCAACGUCGACAUACACCUCUACACGUUUGGCAGCCCGCGCGUCGGCAACGAGGCCUUUGCCACCUUUGUCACGAACCAGAACCGGGGCCGCAACUACCGCGUCACCCACUACGACGACAUCGUCGCCGCCCUGCCGCCCGCCUGGGCCGACUUUGCCCACGUCAGCCCCGAGUACUGGCUGCGCAGGAAGGACGCGAGCGACUUCAACUACCCGCUCAGCGAGGUCGUCGUCUGCGAGGGCGUCAACCCCAGCGGCUGCAGGAGCUCAAAGGGCACCACCAUCAGCGCCACCGCCCACGGCGAGUACUUUGGAAAAAUGAGCGCCUGCUACUGA